AACUCGUCACUCAAUUUUUACUAAAGCAAGGAUAAUAUAUUUACUCUAAUUAACAAAAAUCGACAUUCAAUAGCAAUAAUUUUCUAAUUGAACUAUUUCUAUUUUAUUUUAAAUAAACAUUUAUUAAUAUUAAAUGAAAUAGUGAUUUAGUCUCUGUUUAAAUUAUACAAAAUAACAUGUCCACUAAAAGGAAUAUACCUUCGAUAUUAAGUCAUUUGUUGAAUCUUGAUUCAAAUCUUACUUCUAUUUUUUGUAAUUCAUUUUGCAAAUUAUUGCCACCACGGAAAUUUAAUACCUAUUAUAAAGGAUUAGAGUAUUCAUGUCAUGGAAUUUUGUGGCUUUCUAGUUGGUUAGCUUUUAUUUGGCUUAUUUGGACACCGUCAAUGUUUCAAAUGCAAGUCAAUUUUUUAUUUGGACUUUUGAUCGAUAUAGUUGUUGUUGCAAUUUUAAAAGCUUUUAUUAGAAGACGGCGUCCAGUUGGCAAUAAGAAUGAUCAGUGGAUUACAAUUGGACCUGAUGUAUACUCUUUUCCAUCUGGUCAUGUAUCACGUGCAUUUUUUAUAGCAUUUUAUUUUCAUCAGUUGUAUCCAUUAAACAAAUUAAUUAAUGUACUAUGCUUUGUUUGGGCAAUAGCUGUAGCCUUAAGCCGUAUUCUUUUAAGACGUCAUCAUUUAUUAGAUGUUUUUGCAGGUAGUAUUAUUGGAUAUUUAAUAUCAUUUGUAGUAAAUUUAUUUUGGCUUGAUCAAAGUAGUGCAGAGUAUAUAAUUUCAUUUUUAUCAGAUGACAAAGCAGAAGGUGGCGAAUAUCAUGUAUAAAUUUUUUUGGAUAUUUAUUUUAUUUGUUAUAUUUGUAUAUGAUGUUUAAUCUUAAAAUGAAAUUUGUCUAGUUAUCCAAUUUUUAAAACUAAUAUUUAUAAUAAAAUAAAUUAAUAAAACUAUUACUGUUUUA